AUGGAGGAGGAAACUCAUACUAUCGACCCGGAAGGCGAAGUGAUCAUCAUCGUGCAUAAGCCCAAUGCACAUUUCGCCGUCUGGAAUGAUGAGAAUGCUCCAGCUGAAGAGUCUGCUAAUUCCCAAAAGCCAGACGGGAUAGCUGAUGAGCCCAUGCUGUCGUCUGGUAGCGACUCUGAUGCUUCGAAUGACGAGCCAGCCAAUGGGUCUGUCGAAAAGUUGGCCAGUAUACCGUCUGAAGCCGACGUCCGUAUUCAAGUGUCGGCGAAGCACUUGAUGCUGGCCUCUCCCGUAUUCAAGAAAGCCCUGACUGGCAAAUGGAAGGAAGGUUCAACUUUUGUUGGUACUGGAUCAGUCGAGAUUACCACUGAGGGCUGA